AUGAUACCUACAGGCAGUUAUUGGUCACGAAAGUUAUUGCUUAAUUUUGAUAUACCGCACCUCAUCAUGCAACAGAGCAGAUUCGAAUUACUUCUUAGUAAUAUUCAUUUUGCUGAUAACACCACUAUUGCUCCAGGUAAUCCACUUAACAAAAUUUUUCCACUUUACGAAAUACUGCAAGCAAAUUAUCAAAAAAUAUUAACUCCUGGAGAAAAUAUUAUCAUUAACGAAACAUUAAUUCCAUGGCAUGGAAGACCAAUAUUCAAUCAAUAUAUUCCAAACAAAGCUUAUGAAUACGGAAUAAAAUUAUUUAAAUUAUGUACACCAGAAGGAUUUACAUGGUCAAUGAUGAUGUUCUCUACAAAGUAUUGUGAUGUCAGAGAAACUAGAUUUGCAUAUAAUGUAUGUGUGGCACUUGCAAAAAAUCUUUUCAACCAAGGACGAACACUUUACAUUAAUAAUUUUUAUAUCAGUUAUGAAUUUGCUAUAUCGUGUCUAAAACAGAAGACUCAUGUAGUUGGAUUAGUUAGAAAUAAUAAAAGAUCCAUCCCAAAAGACAUUUUACAAUCUAAGUUACAAAAAGGAGAAAUGAUAUCCAAAGAAGAUGAUAAUGGUAUCAUCAUACUGAAAUGGAGAGAUUCUCGGGAUGUGAGAAUUCUAUCAACGAAACACGUUCCCCUUAUGAUACCAUGCAUAAAAUAUUGGGAUAUUAUAAAUAAAGCCUCUAAUAACUCAAAAUCAUGCGUAAAAUUAAAACCAAUAGCAUUUAUUGACUAUAAUAAAAAGAAAUGUAUAAUAGACCACUCAGAACAAUUAAUAUCUCAUAUAACUACAAUUAUAAAAGGGAUGAAGUGGUAUCAAAAACUUGGUAUGCAAUUUCUCCUCGGAGUUACGGUCGUAAAUGCUUUUGUGAUUUAUAAUCAAGCAACAAACAAGAAUAUACAAAUAGAACAAUUUAAAGAAAUAUUAGCUCAACAAUUAUUAGAGUUAAUAUUUUGCAAAUUGUAA